AUGGCCGCAAGAUCUUCCUCCUCCUCCUCCACUAACAACAUCAACAACAACUCAACUGCCGCCGACCCCGCGACCAACCCUGCCUCCAAUCCUGCUCCUGUAUCGACCAAAAUCGACCCCGACCAUGUAGGCCACGUUGGCAAGACCGUUGACCAAGACUGGACGCACCUGUACAAACCCUUCAACAUUUCCAAGGACCCAACAGACACAGCAAAAGGCUCGACAGUGGCAGCAGCAACAAACUCAGCAGUGGUUGCAACAGAACCUACUGCACCCACCGCCGUUGCCUCCUUUCUAUCCACCACCGGCAACUCCUCCUCCUCCUCCAACUCCAACUCUGCCCUUUCCUUAUCACCAGGGACAGAGCCAAGAGCAACAGCAUCUGCUGGGCUCGGCGCAGUGGUAGCAAUGAAUGCGAACCCUGCAGUAUUACCAGCAACAUUAGCAGCAGCCUCUUCGCUCCCACCCACAGCAUCAGCAUCCUGA